CUCUCUGGUCACAAGACUGGCUCCCAGGUGGAAUAAAGCAGGACUCUACCUUGUCAGCGGAAGAGACUUUCUGACUGACGGGGGGAGGCUCAACGCUGUCAGCAUGGAGCUGAGCACCAGUGAGGGACAACUGGGCAUCAGUAUAGACGCCAACACAGUCCGACUGCCUCCAACCACACUGCAGGACUUUGACCUCCCCCUGUUAGUGCUGAGGAGGUUCUGCAGUGAUCCUGACUCCGUCCUCAACCCCACCUCCACAGGGGGAGCCAUCUGGUGUCACGUCCUGCCCAGUAUGAAGAAAGGUCAGAUCAUCACCAUCAGCCGCCAGUUGCCCAAAGACGGACCUUUCAGGACCUACAGCGACCUGCAGAGUCACUGGAACCACCUGUACGGUUACAGACUCCCUGAGCUCGCAGACGAAGAGAUGGUGUACUGCAGCAUCUACUUCAGACUGGUGGGAGAGAGACUCUUCACCUACCCUCUGAGCUGUAUCCGUCUUCAGCCUGUGCAGCCCUGCCCUCGCGUCAGCCUGCAGGGGGCGCUGGGCUCCUUCCUGUCUGACGUCAGCGAACGGCUGCAGAGUGUGUGUGGCUUUCCUGCACGACUGACCAACAAACCGUGUUAUCGCACUGUCGGACUGUGCACAGCUGCCACAGUAAAGGUGUUGAAUGGUGAGCAGGUGAAUCUCACCUCCUCCUGCUCCAUCAGGCCUGUCCUCACUCAGCUCCCUCCUCCUCCUCCUCUUCCCCCCCGGCCUCUGAAGCGCUCAUUCAGUUCUCAACCUCCAGGCCGAGUGCCUCUCACCCAGCAGGACGGAGUGCAGAGGAUUCUGGGUAAUGGAUGUGGAUUCAGGGAGACUGGCAGACUGACACAAAGUCAAGGGUAUCAAGAAGAUCAACAUUGGCCCUCCUCCUCCUCAUGUGGUGUUUCCUCCUCUUCUGACUCCUCGAGACAUCAGUCAGCUCCUUCACUCUCCUCCUCUGCCUCUUUUUCUCAGUUUUCCAGCCAGCCUCCUCCCUCACCUCCUCCUCCUUCACCUCGUCCCCCUCUUUGUUCCCCCUCUUCCUCCCCGACUCAAACCCCAGUGCUUCCUCCUCCCAAACUGGUUCCCAUCUUCAAGAACAAGUGUCCAUCGCGUCGUAUCAACGUGGCCCUCCUGAGAGCGCAGAAACAGGGACAGCAGCUGAUUGGAGGAGGGGAGGAAAGAGGGCGGGUGACCUUACCUGCUUUUGGGAAGAAGACCCCAACCACGUUUUGUACUUCUUCUUCUUCUUCUUCUUCUUCUUCUGUUUUCUCUUUGUCAGCUUCAUCUUGCCCACCUACCAUUCCUAGCUUCAAACCUCGCCCUAAACCCAAGAGCAGCGCCUUCCCUCUUCCAGCAGGUUACCCCAAACUCAAACGCCUCCCCAGCCUCAGCCCGGCCUCCAGGUCUAAACCUGCGCUCAUCCUCAGUCCAAAUCCAGAAAUCCAGUACGAAGCCAAGUCCAGCAACAUAACCGAAAAGAUGGCAAGUUUAGAAAGCAACACUGCAGCUAUGUCAAGAGGAAAGGUGCAAGAACAAGCAUCAAAACAACCUUCAGCUGCUCCACCUGAGCCUCCUCGACUGCUGACAGCUGCAGAAAUCUCAAACAGCAGCACAACAGGAGUUGUGUUUGAGUCAAAGCCGAAGAAAUCCAAAUCUUUGCUUCGAGUUACAGAUGUGGAGAAAAUGGCCAGGAGCAACCAGUUGUUUAAGCUGAACUCUGCGACCCUGCUGGCCUGGUUAAAAGUCAGAGGAGCGACUGUCAGUGCCAAACACAAGAAGGAGGAGCUGAUGCUGAAGGUCAUGGGCUGUCUCGCCGAGGCUUGAGACCCACACACACACACACUAACACACGCACACACAUGCAACCACACUCUGCCCAUAUCGACUUAAUCUACUUACUCUGGAGCAUUAAUGCUGCUCUAAGCUACUUGAUUCAAGAUUUGAUGUUAAAAGAGAAGCUGCAACAAAAGAGCACUUUCAU